GAAAGAAAAAGAAGAAGAAAAAAGUUAUUCAAAAAAUUCCUCUCUAUAUAAAGAAACUGUGCACUUGUCGCGCGACGAAAGCGUAUCAAUAUUGAUUUAUCGAUCGAUGCACGGUCCGUCCGCAAGUUAGAAAAAGUAUAGCAGCGUCUCAGUGGCUUUCACUAUUGGGUCCGUGUAUACAGACGUUACGCCUGUCAAGGCCGAGGAGAGACCAACGAGACCGGUUAUUCGAGCUGUAAUUACACCUCAUCCCAACUCGUUGAUCGCGAGCACGCGUUUAGCCUCAGUUCAGCCUCUUACAUCAGUUCAAACGUAUGCGUGCGUGGCCGUGGCGAUUCGGAAAUUAGAAACCAUGAAUUCUGCUCUACUCAAAGCGAGGCACUGUUUGGUCGCUGCUGCCGGCAGGAGAAAUGCAACCUCGCUGGCGGCUCUGUUGGAGCCAGAAUUGCAGUCGAUCAGAGACGCCGGUACUUGGAAAAACGAGAGGAUCAUCGCCUCGUCUCAGAACACCGAGAUCGCCCUGAGCGACGGCAAGAAAGUUCUCAACUUUUGCGCCAACAACUAUUUGGGCCUAUCCGACGACAAAGAAGUGGUGGAGGCGGCCAAGGUGGCGCUCGACCGCUACGGCGCCGGCCUGAGCUCGGUCCGCUUCAUCUGCGGCACCCAGGACAUUCACCGGGAGCUCGAGCUCAAGCUGUCGAGAUUUCACGGCCGCGAGGACGCGAUACUGUACGCCUCGUGCUUCGACGCCAACGCCGGCAUCUUCGAGACUCUGCUGGGGCCCGAGGACGCGGUGCUCAGCGACGAGCUCAAUCACGCCUCCAUCAUCGACGGCAUCAGGCUGUGCAAGGCCAAGAAGUACCGCUACAAGCACCGCGACCUGGCCGAUCUCGAGGCCAAGCUCGAGGAGGCCUCCGGGGCGAGGAUCAGGCUCAUCGCCACCGACGGCGUCUUCUCCAUGGACGGCACCGUGGCGCCACUCGGCAAGAUCGUCGACCUGGCCAAGAAAUACGACGCCCUGACUUUCGUCGACGACUGUCACGCUACGGGCUUUUUCGGAAAAACCGGCAGAGGAACCGAGGAGUACUUUGGUCGCUUGGGCAGCGUCGACAUAAUCAACUCGACGCUGGGCAAAGCAUUGGGCGGAGCUUCGGGCGGCUACACCGUCACCUCGAAAGCUCUGGUGGACCUGCUGAGGCAGCGCAGUCGGCCCUAUCUGUUCUCGAAUUCGCUUCCGCCACCGGUGGUCGCGACCGGCAUCAAGGUCAUCGAUCUCAUAAGCGAGUCGACCGAUCUGUUGAAGAAUCUCCAGCGCAACGUCGAUCGAUUCCGGCAGGAGAUGACUCGGGCUGGCUUCAAGAUCAGCGGCGACAAUCAUCCCAUCUGUCCCGUCAUGCUCGGCGACGCCAAGCUCGCCAGCGUCUUCGCCGAUAAAAUGCUCGAAAAAGGUAUCUACGUCAUCGGAUUCAGUUAUCCGGUUGUGCCCAAGGGUUUGGCCAGAAUUAGGGUACAAAUCAGCGCAGCGCACACAUUGGCCGAGAUCGACAGGGCCAUCAAUGCAUUCGUCGACAUCGGUAAAGAGCUCAACGUCGUUGGAUAA